UUGACAGUACUGAACAUGUUUUUUUUUAAUAUACAAAAUUCGACAAUUUCCUUGGAUAGAAGGCAUAUCUAAUUUUCGCCUAGAAGACCACAAGAAAAGACAAUUCUAAUAAGGUUAACGAUCCUUGUCUACCAUGUUCCGCAUACAGUUGCUGUCAGAGAAGACUAUCGUCUUAGUGGAGGCAGCUGGAUACGAGUCGGAGAUAUUUGUACCACAGCUGAGAAACAAUCGCAUCGUAUUGACCAAUGUCAUAUACAGCCGUCAGCCGAAAAUUCAAGCGAGUCAAACACAACUUGGCGUUCGCUCGUCCUUGAUGAGAUGCAAUCGAGUUGGACACCGAAGGUUGGUAACUGCAACGGCGGGAUUAUCGCCUGGUAAUGCCAGUUCGAAGCACAGUUCUUUGGACCCUAAGUUCGAGUUGAAACUCAUUUCAAACGGAAACGUGCUACUUGUGGAAUGUAACGGCUAUGAAUCGGAGAUAUUUUUGCCUCUUAUUUCUAGUCGUUGCGUUGCCUUGAAACGUGUCUCCGCUUGUGAACUGACGCAGUUUGCCUACCAGAAGUCUCGAAUACAAGAAGAGGCUGAAACUCUGAGAGACCAGAAAGGUAAUGAAAAUGUUGCUUCUCUGGCUGCUUCUCUAGCAGCUCAGGCGGUGGGGCUAAGCAAGCUAUUGGUAUAUCUUCCGCUAAAAGAUAAACCUAACAAAGAAAGGACGAUCGCGGUGAAGGAAAGACCUAAAAAGAAGUCCAGGCAACAAACAAAAUCAGAUACUAACGCAAAGAAUAGCGACCAUCGAAAGUAUAGGUCCAUCUAUUCCAACACCAGUUAAGAACAAUUUUGCUAACAUAUCACGUAUGCUUUAGACUUCAAGAAACAAAAAUGUACGAACAUCGUUUCAAAUAUCGUUGAUUUAUCUUUUUGUCUAGUAAUGUAAAGGAAUCGUAAUAAAGUUUUGUACGUAAU